AUGUCUCGCCAUAUCCUUUCCAAAGACGGCGUUCCCAUCACCCUCCCCGACGGCCUUACGGAAGACCAACUAUGGUCAUUCAAACCAUUUACUACAUGGAUGUCCACCCUCUCGCGCUCCCUGGCGCUGCAGGCCUCCUCGUCCUCGUCCUCUCCCGCGCACCCCUUCCGCGUGGACCCGUACGUGCUGCGCUCCGUCACCGUGCAGGCCUUUGACCGCUUCGGCGGCUCGCGCGUCGGCUUCGUCAAGCUCGCGGCCGUCGUGUCCAACGGGGCGGGCGAGACGCUGCCCGCGGCCGCGCUGCUCCGCGGCCCGAGCGUGGCCAUGCUCGUCAUGCUCGUCCCCGACGACGUCCCGGACGGCGGCGACGAGCGCUACGUGGUGCUCACCGUGCAGCCGCGCGUGCCGGCCGGCAGCCUCGGCUUCGUGGAGCUGCCGGCCGGCAUGGUGGACGACGCGGGCAAUUUUAAGGGGGUCGCGGCGCAGGAGAUGGAGGAGGAGCUGGGCAUGACCAUUGCCGAGGAGGACCUGACGUGUCUGAGCGAGUUGGCGGCGGCGGGUGAGGUGGAGAAGGAGGAGGAGGAGGGUUUGCCGGCGGCCAUGUAUCCGAGCGCGGGCGGGUGUGAUGAGCACGUCACAAUAUAUAGUUGUGAGCGCAGGAUACCGCGCAGCGAGCUGCACAGCUGGAGCGGGCGCCUGACGGGCCUGCGGGACCGUGGGGAAAAGAUUACGUUGAAGAUUGUGCCGAUGAAGGAGGCGUGGAAGGCCGGCGCGCGCGAUGCAAAGACACUUGGCGCGCUGGCUCUGUGGGAAGGGCUGCGGCGAGAAGGCAAGGUCUAA